UCUGUUGCCCAGCAACGAGGCCAGGGCCACCCCUGGCAACGCCAUCACACAGAGUCCUGCUGUGCCCCUAAAGAUAAACAAAGCCAAGUAAUUCUGCUCCUGGGGCAGCAUUAUCUCAUGGAUUACCGCUGUCUGAGUAGCCCUGCAGCUGUAGCAGCCCUGUGGCUGUAGCAGCCUGGGGCAGGGCAGUGCUCUGCCCAAGGCAGGCCCCACCCAUGAACGUCGAGGUGUUUCCAUAUAGCCAUCCACCUCCCUCUUCUGACCAGUAUGACUGGAUCAGGCCUAAUCUCAGGGGAGAGCAGCAUGCACAGGAGCGUGCAGGCAGCUUUAAGGAGGUGGGGAAGACAAUGUUGGAGAAGACUAAGAAGGUGUUCAGGAUUCGUAACACUGCUAUAAGGCAGAUGCUGGCAGAAGCACUGGGAACAUUCAUCGUCAUGGUUUUUGGCUUGUCCUCUGUGGCACAAGUGGUAUUGGGAAAAGGAAAAAAUGGCCAAUAUCUGAGCAUCAAUAUCGCAUUUGGCAUUGGCGUUACCUUGGGCAUAUAUGCUGCUGGAGGAAUAUCUGGAGCUCAUCUGAAUGCUGCCAUCACCAUUACACAAUGUGUUUUAGGAAACAUCUCCUGGACAACGGCUAUAGCUUAUAUAAUCGGCCAGUUCCUGGGCUCCUUUUUGGCAGCAGCCACUGUCUUUGCUCUCUACUAUGAUGCUAUCUAUGCCUACAGCAAUGGGAACCUUACAGUGUCAGGACCAAAUGCCACAGCAAUGAUCUUCUCUACGUAUCCUGCUCCCAAUGUGUCCUUGCAGGGAGCCUUCUUUACAGAGUUUACAGCAACAGUUAUGCUGAUCCUGGGUAUUCUAGUCAUCCAUGAUGAGAAAAACAAUGCAGCAAUCAAAGGAGCUCAGCCUGUGCUCACGGGUUUGCUGGUCCUGGGCAUUGGUCUGGGAAUGGGGCUAAACACAGGCUAUGCCAUAAACCCCUCCAGGGACCUGCCCCCCCGGAUCUUCAUGGCACUUGCUGGCUGGGGAAUGGCUGUCUUCACGGGUGACCAUUCCUGGUGGUGGGUCCCAGUCACAGCUCCAGUUCUGGGAAGUCUUUUUGGUGUUUUCCUCUACAAACUCUGCAUUGACUUUCACAACCAACCUAGCCAUGAAACUGAACAUGAGAAAGAACAGGCAGGCAUGGAGACUUCCAGACUGUGAUGGCCAUGUGCUGUGACAACACAUGUAAAGGGGACAUCUGUUUGUGCACCAUGCAGGUGGACAGAUGAGGGACUAGAUUUCAGUAAACCUACUCUGCUUAAACAGAUAAACUUGGUAUCUGAGAUAUUGAGAAGACCCAUGUAGGGCUAGAACUGGCUGUGACCUGAAGGAAUUCUUCAAUCUCACUGUGUAAAAAUUUACAAAAAAAACCUACCUAAAAACCAAAAAACAACAAUAAAAAAACAACCUCAAAACAAAACUCAAUCCUCAAAUAAUUAUUAUAUUCUGAAGAAAAGCAAAGCAGAGCUACAAGUCUCCAGAUACGUAUAUAUUCAUAUAAAUCAAAAUACAGGCAUCAACAGUGGCAGAUACAACAUGAUUAAGUCAAUUAACACAAAAAUUUUGAUCUGAAUAUUAUUUGGUAAGAGACAGACACUAUAGUGAUGGACCAGGGGCCUAGGCUUGCUUCAUUUGCAUAUCUGCAUACCUAGUUUGGAACAGCACAGAAGAGAGAAGAACAACAAUAGUCUAAAAUAGAAACAUAAACCCAUUGGGUUGUUUGGGUUUCUUUUAUGGUUUUUUUGUUUGUUUGUUUGUUUGUUUUUGUUUUUUAAUCUGAACAUUCAGGAAGCAAUAAAAAUUACUAAACUAAACUACAGGAUCUCCUGAAUCCUGCCACAGUUCUGCUGGAACACACUGGCAGCAAAGAACCAUGUGUGUACUGACACUCUAGACUUGAGCUACACCAACUACCACCACAGAAAAGAAGUCAGAGAACUUUUGUGACAGUGUCUCCAAAAACUUGAACAAACUGCCCCCCACAAACUUUCUUCCUACUCUGAAUGCAUGAGAAAUGUAAGAUGUUGCCUCGCUGCUGCAGGAAUUCUGCUAUCUCUGUCUGAAUGAGGAAGUGGGCCUGCAACAAGUCUUGCAAGUUGAAGGUGUAACUGGAUUAGAGGCAGAACACUAUCAGAAGCUUCCUGUUCCCAGGAGGGUGACAACAGUCCUAACUUUUCUAAAAAGUGCUUAAACAAGUGUGGUAUGUCAAGCACAUAACUGCAGUCCCAGGGCUGGGUGCCAUGGACAAACAACACAGAGUUCUCCAACAGCAGGAAGUGACAAAACAUCACUAUUGCACAGAAUUCCAGAAGGGGGCAUUUACUGGCUUUAAUAGUCAUUCCAUCCCAAUAUUAAAAGCACAGCUGAGGUAUUGCUAUGGCACGGGAUGGGGCUGGGUAGCAAGUACUGAUGUGUGCUUUCUCAUUAGAGCUCACUUUAUGUCAGUAGAGCAGCUAGAACAAAUCUUCACCUGUCUCAAGAUACCCAUGGGCUUGAGAAGGUGCAUUAGAGGAUUUCUUGUCAUCUGGGGGUGGCAGAGAGUGGCUGCUAGGCAAUGCAGCCUUUGAAGGUGGGCCCUUGGCAGUGCUGGAAGCAGCAAAAUACACCUGAACAGUGGAUGAUGCCUGCAAAGAUUUUGUACAGUGAAUGCAGGCCAGAAGUAGAACAGCUGCCACAAAGUUCAGUCUUCUGGCCUGUGUGAAAUAAACUGGGAAAUUCUGAGUAGCUAAAAAGAGGGAUAAGCUAAAAGCACUGUAACGUAUGCCUUCUCAUAGAGAGAUUCUCUACUGCAUUAAAAAUCACCCCAAACAAUCCAUCCUGAACACUGCUCUUUCCAUACAUCCUUUGCAUCUCAUGUCCAUGUGCUCUCCAAAGCAUCUUCAAAUACUCAAUCACUUUGGAAGAAAAUAUUCAAAUAUUUAUUAAAAUACUAUUAAGCACUUACAGAAUGGCUUCAUCUUUCUGAAGGCCAUACAAAUACUCAUGAAAGCCUCACAACAUCCCUGUGAGGUAGGCUUGUCGUGUGUAAUUAUGUGGUGGUUUUUCAAAAAUUAGAGAUGAUGCUGUUUAAAUAAUCAAUGCUUGCUUGAAGACAGUGAUUUUGAUUUCCAUAUUCAGGCACAAAAUGUGUUGGGUGCUACCAUGAUUCCAGUGUAUUUGGAAGACAGAAUUGUCACUGUUGAGGCAGGACGGGAAUGAAGAGACUCUGACUCAGAAGGCUGUAAUAGUAAAACUCCGAUUUAUUCAAAAUACACUGCUCUUUUAUACAGAGCUUCAUGAGGACCAACUCCAUUGGUUCUGAAGUGAAAACCAUCCAAAGCAUUGGUGCAGAGUGCUUGACGCACAGUGAUAGAACUUAACUGUAAACAAUGUGAAAAACAAGAGAUACAAAGAAUUAUUUACAUUCUUAUCCAGCUCUUUCCCAGGCGUCUGCCUGGCUAGAAACUCUCUGUUUCUUUCUUUGACUGAAUCCGAAUCCCACACAGAAUAGCAUAGAAAAGUAAUGGAAAUAAACAGGAGUAACUGAAAACCAGCAGUGAAUUGGUUAAAGUGCAGUUCUAACCUGAAAACUUACAGUAUAGAAAAGAGCAUCAGGGCCUUCUAAGGCUGUAGGAGCUCAGUGGCCCCUGGUGAGAUCCUGCCCAACAAAAAGUAUCUAUUUCAAUGGUCAACUUUGCAAAUGAAUGUGUAACAAACCAAGGGGUCCUCCUGGCUGAUGGGACUCAACCACUGACUCUCUGCUCAGCAGUUCCCACAAAGGAAAGCAACAAAGGAUCUUGCAGCUUCUGGCUUCAGGAUUAUUGCAAAUCAUGUCACCAUCUGAAAAGAUAUAGCACAAAGGCCAAAAAGUGGUCCAGGCUGCAGAACUAGUGGCUAGGCUAAUGCAGAGACAUGGAAGUCACAAAUCCCAUUGUACCAUGAAUCUCAGAGCAGAAGUUGGAUAAAGCACAGGGAAGUGCAGAGUUUGAUUCUAUCUGGAGUGAAAGAUACUUCUGUGUUCAGUGGGCUCCAGCCUGCUCCCACAGCAUGCAAGGUCAGGACAGUUUUCUUUCAAAAGACAUGGUAGAAACAUCUUCACACCCUCUAUUUCAGCAUUGUCCUGUUAAAGUUACAGUAAAUUACAUUUACUUUCAUUUCACUGCUGCAGUGGUACAGGAACAAAAGCUUCCCUAUGGAGCAGUGACAUCAA